AAAGGCCCAAUGGCAGAGGACAAUUUCACAAAUGUGAUGGAAUUCAUUCUCCUGGGGUUUUCUGACCUUCCCCACAUCCAAGGGUUUCUCUUUGGGAUCUUCUUAGUCAUCUACCUAAGUAUACUGAUAGGAAAUGGCCUCCUUAUUUUUAUAACAAUUACUAAUCCUGUUCUCCAAACCCCCAUGUACUUUUUCCUUGGGAACUUUUCCUUCUUGGAAAUCUGUUACACAUCUGUCACUCUCCCCAGGAUGCUGGCAGAUCUCUCAUCCCAGCAGAGAACGAUUUCCUUCAUAGGAUGUGCUGUACAAGCUUUGUUCCUUUAUAUUCUGGGGGUGGCAGAGUGCUUGCUCCUGGCUGUGAUGGCUUAUGACCGCUAUGUGGCUAUCUGUAAGCCUCUCUACUAUCCUCUCAUCAUGAAUCGCAGGGUAUGCAUCCAACUGGUUGUGGCUUCCUGGAUGAUUGGAAUCCCAGUAUUGAUAGUGGAGAUAUACGUGAUCUUUUCUCUGAACUUUUGUGGUCCUAACAAAAUCAAUCACAUUUUUUGUGAUGCCCCGCCUUUAUUAAGAUUGGCCUGUGGAAACUUAUACAAGGUAAAGAUCUCUGUCCAAGUUGCUGCUCUGAUGUUCAUCAUAAGUCCUUUUCUGCUGAUACUUACAUCCUAUGUCAAAAUCAUAACUACUAUCCUGAAAUUGCCUUCAACCUCAGGGAGAUCCAAAGCCUUCUCCACUUGUUCUUCUCAUGUUAUGGUUGUAUGUUUAUUUUAUGGGUCUGGAAGUACAGUUUAUUUGGGGCAAAAAGCCAAUCAAUCAGCAGGAUUAGACAAAGCACUUGCUCUUUUCUACACGGCUGUGACCCCAUUGUUUAAUCCUCUGAUUUACAGCCUGAGAAAUAAGGAUGUCAUCGCAGCACUUAGAAAACUACUUCCUAAAUCUCUCAGGUCAUUAAACAAAGAGACAAAUAAAUAA